AUGGCAUCAGAGAAAACUUCUUGCGGCAGCAUCCGCAACGAGCUGUUGGAGCUAUUCCGCACAGCUCUGACGGUUUCCUUCCCAAGCGUCUCCGCUGAGCCAGUUGUCGCGGCGUGCAACAACGCCAAAAACGGGGAUUACCAAUGUAAUAAUGCAAUGGCGCUGUUUGGCAAGUUGAAAGGCACCCCAAGUGCCCCCAAAGCGCCGCGGGACGUCGCGACGGCCAUCGUUGGCGCACUGCCGGCGAACGGUCUCAUCGCAGAGACCAGCCUGGCUGGCCCCGGCUUUAUCAAUAUUCGCCUCAGCCGUGACUCCUUGUCGACGCGACUGAGCGAAAUGCUUGUAAAGGGCCUGGCGAGCUGGGCGCCCACUGGCUAUAUCGGCAAGAAGGUUGUGAUCGACUUCAGCAGCCCCAACGUGGCCAAGGAAAUGCACGUCGGGCACCUGCGCUCCACCAUCAUCGGUGAUACCCUGUGCCGCAUCUUUGAGUACUGCGGUGCGGAUGUGCUGCGUCUGAACCACGUGGGCGACUGGGGCACGCAGUUCGGCAUGUUGAUUGAGCACAUGGCGGAUGCCCGGCGACUGCGGGUGGCAGCAGGGGGCGAGGACAAGGACAUGGACGAGGACGUGGCGGACUUGCAGGAGCUGUACCGCGCUGCGAAGAAGCGCUUCGACGAGGAGGAGGAGUUUAAGACGAGGGCCCGUGAGGCGGUCACCCGCUUGCAGAGUGGCGACCCGGAGAGCCUGGCGUCCUGGCAGCGCAUCUGUGCGGCGUCCCGGCGGGAGUUCGAAGCGAUCUACAGCCGCCUGGGCGUGACGCUGCAGGAGCGGGGGGAGUCCUUCUACAAUCCGAUGCUAAAGGACGUGGUGGAGGAGCUGAAGGCUGCCGGUGUGGCGACGAUCGACAACGGGGCCGCGUGUGUGUUUGUGGAGGGGCAGUCUGUGCCGCUAAUUGUACAGAAGAGCGAUGGUGGUUUUGGGUACGCCUCCACUGACAUGGCGGCGAUCAAGCACCGCCUCAACGAAGAGAAGGCCGACUGGAUUAUCUACGUGACAGAUGUGGGUCAGUCCCAGCACUUCGAGCUGGUGUUCGCGGCCGCGAAGAAGGCCGGUUGGCUGGUGGAUGGCUCGGGGCCCAAGGUCUCGCAUGUGGGCUUCGGUCUGGUGCUUGGCGAGGAUGGAAAGCGGUUCAGGACUCGAUCUGGCGACUUGGUGCGGCUGGUGGAGCUGCUGGAUGAGGCUAAGAGCCGGUGCGCGGCCACCAUUCGGGAACGCCGCGCGGAGGCUGGCGAAGAGGUUAACGAAGCCGAGGUCGAGGAUGCGGCUUGCGCUAUGGGCUACGGCGCCGUGAAGUACGCCGAUCUGAAGAACCACCGUACUACCAACUACAAGUUCAGCUUUGACGAGAUGCUCAACCUCAAGGGCAACACUGCGGUGUACCUGCUGUACGCCCAUGCCCGCAUCGCAGGCAUCGUACGCAAGGCUGACAAGGACGUGUACGCGCUCGCGGCCGACACGCCAAUUUCCCUGGACCACCCGAAGCACCUUUACCCGAGCCCUUCUCUCUUUUGGCCCUCACAUGCCACCGUGACCGCCACUUACUUCUCACCGCGAUUGCAGGAGUUGGAGCUGGCUCUGCACCUCUGCAAAUUGCCCGAGGCGCUGGAGGACGCCAUUGAGGAGCUGGCACCCAACAGGCGAGUGGACGUUGCAUUUAGGAAUCUGGUUCCCACUGGGUUCACUCUCAACGCUCUCGAUCUGCCCUUGCGCGCCACUCAUUACCGUUCCAUUAAACUUAGGGUCACCGACUACCUGUACGACUUGUCGGAGAAGUUCAACUCGUUCUAUGUGGACUGCAAGGUGCUGGGCAGCGAGCAGGAGGCGUCCCGGCUGCUGCUGUGCGAAGCGACGGCAGUCGUCAUGCGCAAGUGCUUCGAGCUGCUGGGCAUCAGGCCCCUCUACCGCAUCUAG